CCUUAUUUCGGGAUCUCGCCCAUCAUAAUUUUUCAUGAAUUUGCAGUCUCCGUCGCCGGUCUACUGGGAGGCUCAUCUUUCGCUCAGCUCCAUUGCCUCUUCUUGUUCUUCUGUCGGCCAUUUUUGUCUAUGUAAAUUCGAGAAUACGUUUUAGUGCCUGGUUUUGUUUAUUUCCACAGCAAAUCAAAGCCUAGCCUUUAUAUUUUAUCGUCUUCCUUGUGCCGGCUAAGCCAGUGAUGCAGUGAAAAUUUUUGAAAGGGAGCCAUGGCAGCAGCGUCGUUUAGGUGGAUACUACAACUACACAGGGACGUCCCCAAAGCGGCAAGAUUCUACUCAGAGGGCUUGGACUUCACUGUUAACGUCUGCACUCUCCGUUGGGCGGAGCUUCAGUCCGGGCCUCUCAAACUCGCUCUCAUGCAAAACAACGACCAUAUCGUGCAGCAGAAGGGAUAUUCUUCGCUGCUAUCAUUCACGGUGACAGAUAUUAACAGCACAGUGACCAAAUUAAUGGGAUUGGGAGCUGAACUAGAUGGUUCCAUAAAGUAUGAAAUACACGGAAAGGUUGCAUCCAUGAGAUGUAUUGAUGGCCAUAUGCUGGGUCUUUAUGAACCUGUAUAAGAGCUCAGAAUUAACUUUCCUGGGUACUAGUAACAU